AUGACCAAAAUGGAAAUCCGGCAAGUAGACUGUAACACCAUCUCCGCAAAACACCGCCCCAUCGCCGCUGUCAAACUCCGCAUACUACCCCCGAGGGUAGACGCUACCGUCCGAGGUGUCAAGUUCAAGAUGGCACGCAAGCACCCCUUGUCUAGCACUCUCAGCUUCCGCUUCUUGGGCGCGGGCGAGAUGCGGUGGGAUGAUCUGGGCAAGCAUGGCCAAGGCAUGAAGCUCGUCGAUUUCAACGGCAAAACUCUAGCUUUUUUCCGUCCGAGGCUGCACGUGGUGAAUGCUGGCCCUAGAGGAGAAGAAGAGGCCGGGUGGGGGCCCGGGUUCGAGCUGCAUGCCGCUCUCGCAGAUCUCGACCUCGAUCUGGUGGUCACCACUGGCUUGGCAGCGGCAGAAUAUCGUCGGCAGUUGGAUGAGGACUGGGACUUGGUUGCGGAGGAGGAGGAGGCGGAGACACGAGAGAUGAAGGAGCUGGACAAAGCGCGCAAUGGCUGA